GACUUCCGUUUACCUUCUCUCUCCCGCGGCAGAAUGUCCGAGCUCACUGAACAAUCAGGCGAAGGAAAGACAGAUGCCAGUCGCAAAGUACAAGCCAGAGCAAGAGUAUGGCGAGCAUGUGAAGUUUGUCGUAAAAGAAAAGUCAAGUGUAAUGGCCAGGAACCAUGCGCAUACUGUGUCUCAUCGGGCAAACUUUGCAGCUUCAAAGAUAUCAACGACAAUGCCGCUUCAGCUCGACAGCAGAGUAACAGUGUAGAGCUUCGGCUGGCUAAAGUUGAAGAGACGAUCCUGAAGCUGCUUCCGAUGGCACAAGCCUUCGAAGCCUGGCUCAGAGCUAACAAUCAACUUUCAACUCCAGGCUUGCCCUUCCGUAUAGAUCCCGAUUCUACCGCGUCGAACCUUCAAUCUCCAAUCUCUCGUUCUCCGCCUGUAGAGGACCGCCCCUCGACUUCCACCUCGUACCGAGCGUCAAAUGCGAUCAAAGACUUCUCGUCUUACGGACCUGAAAAAUGGUCCGACAGAUACUCUCAUCUUUCAAAAGACAGUUACGGCCAUCUCAGGUACACCGGUGGUGCGGCGUCUUUCAUGCUAGUGGAUGCACUUGCGUCUCUCCAAAAUCAUGCUGCAAUCGACGCAUCAUCAAACUCAACUCUGUCAGCGAAAACCGAUAUACAACUACCUUUUUUUGCUCCGGACAAGACAUUUCGCAAGCAGCCAGCAUUGCCGCGUCCUGAUGACAUUGGAUACCCCUCUCAUGAGCUGGCAGACGAGCUUGUUGCCACAUACUUUGCUAGUAUACACCACACGUUCCCCAUCCUACAUCAACAGACAUUUGUCGAUCAAUACAUGAAAGCAAUGGCGCAAAAAGCCAAAGGGAAACCAAGUAGAGAACAUGGCUUUCUGUCGUCUUUGUUUGCUGUAUUUGCAUGCGGGGCUUGUUUGAUUGAGAAAGGUAGGCCAAAGUCUGGUCAAGGUGAAGGAAACGAAUUCCGAGGCUUCGAUUUUUACGAAAAAGCACAACUGCUAUUCUGGAUGGGAACGGGCUCUUCACAAAUCGAACAUGUGCAAUGCCUGUCAAUCAUGGCCAUAUGCAAUGCGACGUGGAACACCCUUGCUCAAAGCUGGAUCAACGUUGGUGGUGCUGUUCGACGGGCGCAAGAUCUUGGCUUGCAUCUUUCUGGUCGACACCUUCCCUUGACGCACUUUGAACGCGAGUAUCGAAGGCGUGUAUGGUGGUGUGUUUAUGGCUUGGAUCGUGUCCUCUCUAUAUCUCUUGGCAGGCCUAGUGGAACACACGAAGAUGACUAUGAUGUUGAACUGCCCUCUGAACUAGAUGAUGCACAAUUGGCUGCCCUCCGUGAUGGGACUUUUCUGUCUAAUUCCGUUCCUUCAAAAAAAUCUUACAUGAUCGGAUUCGUUGCGCUUCUCAGAAUUUAUGUGAUUGCAGGCAAGAUCAUGAGAUUUGUGCAGUCCGCCAAGGUCGAGGACGCAAAGAGUGAAAAAAUGCACGAAAGUGUCAUGGAUCUAGACUCGGAAUUAGACAACUGGCAGCACAAUCUCCCACCCGAAGUCAAAUAUGCAGCAAACGAUACUUCCAACCCGAAAAUGUUUACCCUUUGUCUCAUUGCUCACUUUGUGUACAACUCAGCCAAGAUUAAUCUUCAUCGACCAUUUAUUCCGGACCGUUUAACAUCAUCUAGCGAUCACUCCUCGUGGACUCGAUGCUUAGCUGCCGCUCGUUCUUGUAUCAGGAUUGGUGAAAUCACCCAGGAGAUGCUUCCGGCGUCUCAUCAUCUUGCGUUUGCUGUGCAGUAUAUCACGCUCAGCGCUGUCCUUUUACUACGCUCAACUGCCUAUGUGAAUCAACCGGAACUGUUUUCAACUAUCAUAUCAGAUGCAGAAACAGCGGUGAAGAGUCUAGAGGGAAUGGAAGGCAUAUUCCCAGCUUCAAAGAGGUGUAAAGAAAUUGUUUCAAGCCUCCUUUCUGUCGUUCGAGUUAAAUUGUACGGAGGCCCUUCAGCAAUAGAAGCUCUACAAGCAACCCAGCGAAUGCAGGAAGAGCCUCAACAAGAGUCUUUAUCUGCUGGCGUCAAAAGAAAAAGGUCGGAGGACCCUGGUCCCAUCGCAUCAUCUUCUCGGCAGCGUUUGGAUGAUCGCGGGUGGACGUCUGCGGGAUAUGACACCUCCCUUGACCGAAACACCGACGAAGAGCGGUAUGAGCAGCAACAGUUCUCGAAUCUUAUGCGCACGUCCAGCAUCCGUACCCCCAUGUCAAAUGAUAUCAGCCUACCCCCAACUCCUAGCGACACUGUGCCGGGGCAUGUGUUGUCCAACUUUCGCGGUGAUCCUGCUCUCACACUAAACUCCGGCAAACAAGCUCUGCCAUCUUUCGAACAACUAGUAAAAUCUCAAGGGUAUACUGAAUUACCGACACAGAUCUCUCUCGACAUCAAUGCCUGGUCAACCGGUAGGAAUCAUAGUAUCGACGAAUAUUCUGGUUAUGAUUUUCUUGGAGAGGAUCUCUUCGCAUUACUUGGUAGUGUUGUAAAACCUCUUGAGCAGCCCAGUCCUCACACUUUUGAGGAAAACGCACAGGCUUUGUGGCAAGCCUUUCACGGGAAACCGGACGCACCAUUUGCGACAUGAACCGGGCGAUUUAUUUUACACUUGCAUUCUAUAAUUGUGUAUAUUAUAUAUCUCCAUAUCUGCGUAUUUACCUACCUACAUAAUGAUCUAGUUACUGUAUAGAACUUUGUGUUUAUAGUCUUUAAUAGUUUGGAAUUUUCCCCUCAGCUUCAAUAAGAAUUAGACGCGAAUAAAGGCGCCUGACCGUUCGUUGGUCUGUGCGCGCCUGGCGG